AACUCAAGCAACGCUUUCCCCUUUCGGCUUAUUGUAUCAUCAUCUCAUUUCCUUCACACCUAACACUCUGUCUUCUCCAAAAUCAGAUCUCAGAAACGGAGAGAGAGAGAGAGAGAGAGAGAGAGAGAGAGAGAGAGAGAGAGAUGGGAAGAGGGAAGAUAGAGAUCAAAAGGAUAGAGAACACGAACAACAGGCACGUGACAUAUUCAAAGAGAAGGAAAGGGAUGAUGAAGAAAGCUCGAGAGAUCACUGUUCUAUGCGACGCCAAGCUCGCCCUCAUAAUCUUCGCCAGCUCCGGCAAGAUGCACGAAUACUGCAGCCCCUCCACCAACUUGGCUGAGAUGUUGGGCACUUAUCAGCAGAUUUUGGGGAAGAGAUUGUGGGAUGAGAAGCAUGAGAGUCUCAGCAAUGAGAUGGACAGGAUCAAGAAAGAUAAUGACAAUUUGCAAAUCGAGCUAAGGCGCUUGAAGGGCGAAGACAUCCAAUCUAUGAACUAUAAGGACCUAAUCGCCAUAGAGAGUGUUCUUGAAACCGGCCUUGUUCACGUUCGUAACAGGCAGAUGGAAUGCCUUAGAGAAUUGAAGAGAAGGGAGAAGAUGAUUGAGGAGGAGAACAGGCAACUGAACUUCCGACUGCAGCAGCAAGAGAUGGCCAUCGCGAGCAACGCAAGACAAAUGGAAAACGGGUUUCCUCAAGGCGCAGGUGCAAUGAAGGACUGCGAGGCCGAUGACAUCCCCUUUGCCUUUCGUGUGCAGCCGAUUCAGCCCAAUUUACAACACAUCGUCUGAUGAGAUCCAUUAAUUUGAUUAUAAAACCGAUGAUAUAUAUAUUCGAUCUGUAUGUUACCGACACCUUACGAUAUUUAUCAUCGAAAUAUCGGUACAAAACUCUAUGACAAGGUUCGUUGCGUGUUUCCUAUACUGCAGUUCAUGAUCUGUCUGUGUACUCGUGGACUAUGCAGAAAGAACUUAGAAGUGUUUACAGCAGUCA